UAUUCGUAUACGUAUACAUAUCCGAGAGAGAAGAAAGGUGUGGGUAGCUCCCUGUUUCCUUCUCCAUCCAUAAAUAGGAAACAGAGGCCCUUGUGACUCUCUCUCUCUCUCUCUCUCUCUCUCUAACCACCGUAAAGAGCUGGCGCACGAUAGCUUAGACUUCAUUUCCCCGCCAAAAAUCUUCUCCGAUACUCAUCUAGAAUUUUCGUUUCUUUUUUUCAUUUCCGAGUUGGUCACAGUCGACUUGGUUGUGACUCACCGAAACAUGUUCUACUGAUUGAAGGAACUGGCUCAUAUUUCCAGAUCCGUUCUCAAUUAUUGGAUGAUCGGAAAUCGCAGGAAAAGGCUAGUGGAAGUCUGGCAUGUGGGGACGUCAACGUGAAGCUUCUUCAAUGUACAAGCGCUUACCAUCAAGAGAUUGUACAAAUACAGUUGACUUGGAAGAAAACUCAGAUCUCCUACAGAACGUUAUGUCUCUGGAAACUUCAAGCCCUCCAUGGAGGCUUUCUUUUCCUCAUGUACUAGUUGCAACCAUAUCUUCUUUCUUAUUUGGCUACCAUACAGGAGUAGUUAAUGAACCACUUGAAAGCAUUUCUGUAGAUCUUGGUUUCAGUGGGAAUACUUUGGCAGAAGGUCUGGUUGUGAGUACAUGUCUGGGUGGUGCCCUUGUUGGAGCGCUACUUAGUGGUUGGAUUGCUGAUGGGGUUGGUCGACGUAGAGCUUUUCAGUUGUGUGCUUUGCCUAUGAUUGUUGGUGCUUCUAUGAGUGCAACAAGCAAAAGUCUUGCUGGUAUGCUUUUGGGACGGUUAUUUGUUGGGACUGGAAUGGGCUUGGGUCCCCCUGUUGCUUCUCUCUAUGUAACAGAGAUUUCUCCAGCACUUGUGAGGGGUACUUAUGGAAGCUUUAUUCAAAUUGCAACAUGUCUUGGACUUAUGGGGGCUCUGUUUAUUGGAAUCCCUGUUAAAGAAACUGCUGGCUGGUGGCGUAUCUGUUUCUGGGUAUCUACAAUUCCAGCUGCAGUACUUGCUGUAGCCAUGGUGUUUUGUGCAGAGAGUCCCCAUUGGCUAUACAAGAGAGGAAGAACUGAGGAAGCUGAAGCUGAAUUUGAGAAGCUCCUAGGAGGAUCACAUGUCAAAGUUGCUAUGGCAGAAUUAUCCAAGUCAGACAAGGGAGAUGACACUGAUACUGUGAAGCUAUCUGAGUUGUUUUAUGGUCGCCAUUUUAGAGUUGUUUUUAUUGGGUCAACCCUAUUUGCUUUACAACAGCUAUCUGGUAUAAAUGCUGUGUUUUAUUUCUCUUCAACUGUUUUUAAAAGUGCUGGAGUGCCGUCCAACCUUGCCAAUGUCUUCGUAGGAAUUGCAAAUUUAACAGGAUCAAUUAUUGCGAUGGUUUUGAUGGAUAAACUAGGAAGAAAGGCGCUCCUUCUAUGGAGCUUUUCGGGCAUGGUGAUGUCUAUGAUUCUUCAAGUCACUGCAGCAAGUUCUUAUUUUGCAAACUCUGGGGCUAUGUACCUAUCUGUUGGUGGCAUGCUGAUGUUUGUCUUUACAUUUGCUCUGGGAGCUGGUCCAGUUCCCGGUCUCCUUCUACCUGAAAUUUUCCCCAGUCGAAUUAGGGCAAAAGCUAUGGCAAUCUGCAUGUCAGUUCAUUGGGUGAUCAAUUUCUUUGUGGGGUUGCUGUUCUUGCGAUUGCUGGAGCAACUUGGGCCACAGCUCUUGUACUCAAUAUUUAGUUCUUUUUGUUUAAUAGCCGUGGUGUUUGUAAAAAGAAAUGUGGUGGAAACGAAAGGGAAAUCCCUUCAAGAAAUUGAGAUAGCACUUCUUCCGCAAGAAUAGUAUGUACUUACUAUGGUUAAGUGAAGUUGCAGUUUCAAGUUUCGACCAAAGUUGUGGCAAUACCUUACGAGGGAGUUUGUACUUAGAGAGAUGAUAUAUGUUUAGCCAAUGGAUACUUUGAGGUCAGAUUUUGUUGAUCGUCAUAUGUGCUUUAUGUGAAGUUUCUGGUAGAUAGCAAUAUAUCCAUCAAGUGUAAUCCCCUUCAAUGGAAACUUAGAAAUGCCUGCCAUGGAAACUUUUUAGGACUGGAUUUGUCUUAGAAUUAUGUAAUCCCCUUCAAACACAUCAAUGUACUUUGAAAAUAUAAUAUAUAUAUAUAUAUAUGAUUAAAUU